UCAAGGUACUGGCCAAGGAAGGCCACGAUGCAGCAAGGAAUAAUUGUAAGAUACUAACAGACCUCUUCAAUCGUGGUAAACAUGCGCGAUUCGGUUAUUGGGACUCAGUGCACGUUUCAGUAGCCUCUCCAUCAUCUCUAUUGCGAAGGCUAUCGCUCCCGAGCUUGCCGAAACCUCGGAGCUUAAUGAUGAGUAUCUCUAUACCCAAUGCCGCCUCAUUUUGAAGGAAAUGGCCGAAGCGGGUAAUCCGGCUGCCAGAGAUCACAAUGCCUUGCUAGCCGACUUGGACAGCAUUGUCCAAAUGCUCACAACCAAUGAAGAUGCCGGACCGAUUGAAAGACCAGCAGAAUUUGAGGUUCCGUCAUUAGAGUUCUGCGAGAGCUUAUGGUCUGAUGUUGAUUGGGUAGAAUUCUUGAAUAAUUGCUCUCAGUGGGCAUAAAGAUAGAUGUUGGAGAAAGUAUGGUUGUACAUGUUGAAUGACUUU